AGGUCACCCAUGCAUGCAGUAGUCGCCAGUAGCUUUGUCUAGCCAUUCCUAGCCGACCAUACUCUACCGGCUUCCCGCGCGCGCAUCCAUUUCCUCGUCGCGCACCUGCAGCACAUAUACACGCUCUGCAGCCGCAUUCUACUCGAACUACUGCCUUCGGCCUAAUAUAGCAAUUCUAAUCAAUCAUGAAGCAACGCAAGUUCUCAUUCAAUCUGGCGCCAGUCAAGAUUGCCUCCAAGUCAGACCUCUCCGACAAGCCCGCGCCGGAGCCGACCCCCUCGUCGUCACACAAGAGACAUACUUCCAAAGACAGCAUAUGCGACCAAUCGCCCUACAUCAACCGCCGCGUUCUCGACGAACAUACCGAUCUGGAAUUGCGCCUAGCAUGUCGCGAAAUCCUGCAGAACUUCAAGCCGUCCGAUCAUGGCAUGGAGAACACCGACCCCAAGCUCGACUUUGGUGGCCUCGGCAGACGGAAGGAGAGUAAACCACAGGCCGCUGAGGUCACUGUCCGCAUGCCCACUGGUGCGCCCCCAGAGCUGUCGGCAACUUCAACGUCAUUUAUGAUGCGCAAGCCCAGCACCAAGACGCGGACACGCGCGAAGGCAGACCAAGAGAUAAGAGCAAGGACAUACGGAGACAUGCCUGCACGCGCGAAUAGCAGCCGCAAGCGAGCUGACUUCGGAUGGCUUGACGAACGGGACGCAGAGAGGGAGGAGAAGCUGAGGUCAUACGGCAAGACUUCCAUCGACGUGCCGCGAUCGAACGUCUUCCACAAUGACUCAGACGAAGACGUAACCCUUCCCGUAGCAGUCACAUCUACUCUCGCCAACGCCAAGAUGUCGUCGUCAGUGCCCACUUCAGCAUCUUUACCCUACAGCAGGAGCAUGAACCGACUAUCCCACCAAUCGGAUAACCCAGCAGCAGUUGCAGAUGCACAAGCCGCAGAGUGGAUGCGUCGAGAGCUGGAGAAGAAGCGACAGCAAGAAGUAUCAGAGGGCCAGGGCCGUGGCCGGUCAUCGACUUCGGUCCGACCACCCAGUCGUGCUGCCAGCGUCAAGGAAAGCGUUAAGGAAUACAUCUUCCCAGGCUCUCGCAGUCGGGCUCUGAGCCGCGCGCAGUCUAAAGAAUCUCUUCGUCCAGCAGCCGACAACGACGACCAGGGUCUCUCACGCAGUGGCUCGAAUUCAGGAUGGCGUAGUUGGGGUAUCCCCCGCCGCCUGAGUUCAAGAAGCAACAGCAGACCAGGAACCUCGAAAGGACAACCGGAAGAAGCUCAGCCCAGGAAGUCAGAGUCCAAUGGCCUUAACUUAAACAGAGAGUUACCCCCACUACCAAGUCUGGACACAUGGAAGGACCACCAAGGAUCUCCUCAGGAGGAAAUAACAGUAUCGAUGAAAUCUCCCACAUCGCCAACCGCCGCAACACACAUUGCAAGUAUGAUGCGCUCGCAAGAACAGCACCAAGAGCGCUCUCCCGCUGCGAAGAAUCACAGGAAGAGCGGAUCUGAUACGUUGGCCAUGCAAUUCAACGACUCGUUCCCUGCUCGGAAAUCGUCCCGCAAACAAGAGACCAAGGCCAUCCCACAGUCCACGAGGACCAAUCCAGGUAGCCCAACACACCCCGGCAAUACGAUGACUGGCUGGUCCUCUACUAGUAAUCUGGACCACCGCCUCGAAGUAGGCUCUAGCAAUCACACUCGCCAACGAAGCGGAGAUAGCAACUCUGCCAGCAACCAGAGUGCCGAAGCGUCUACCUUCUCUCGUAAGAUGAGUCUGGAUACCACGGCCCGGAAGACCCUCUCCAAUGAGCCCAAGACCCCAGCCCGAGAAGAGCAAAAGUCCAAACUGAAGAAGAUCUUUAGCGGCUGGAUGCACAAGAAGGACAAGAAAGAGGAUUGGAUGCACAAGAUGGAGAAGGAAGGUGUCAGGGAAGGUGUUCUGGUGCAAGACGGCAGCACGAGCGCGUCGCCCGUUGUGCGCUACUAAUCUCGCUUCUCUGACGUCUAGGUCUCGGUUUGGAUCGUACCUUCCGUUUUGGAUGUGUCACAUACCGGAUUGGGAUAUUUGUAUACAUGUAAUGACGCUCACGCGUAAUGUGCAACGACGCAACGCCACUUUUCAUUUCUUCUCGGGGUUUUCUAGGGGGUUGUAUAUCCGGCUGCGCCGUCAUCAGUACGAUGCAUUUUCCUUCUUGCAUAAUUGUACAGGAUUGUGG